UCUUGCUCGUUCUCCAUCCACUACGCCAGUCAUUGUCGCCCGAUACUUUCCAGGCGCAUCGCGAGGGAUUCUAUCCCCCCUAUGGCGCGCGCAGUGAGCUCUGCCGCUGCAGCUGGCAGCCAUGCCCCAGGUUUCUCUGCCCUGCCUCAAGCACGCAUACGCACUCUGCUUCUCCUUCUGUUGCACGCCUUUGGACCUCUCUCAAGAGCUAUUCCCGUCCCGCAGAGCAUUGUACGUGGUCUAGGAGAUGCUGGGCCCAAGGACCCAGCAGAUGCGCGCCUAUGGGUGUACCUGGGCACCGCUGUAGCUCUCGUUGUGGCUGGAGGUGCCUUCGCAGGCUUGACCAUUGCGCUGAUGGGACAAGACGAGAUAUAUCUCCAGGUGAUCGCUACGUCUGGCGAGGGCCGCGAGCGCAAGAAUGCAGCGAAGGUGUUGCAAUUGCUGAAAAAAGGAAAGCACUGGGUGCUCGUCACGCUCCUUCUGAGCAAUGUCAUAACCAACGAAACACUUCCAAUUGUAUUGGAUCGCUCCCUUGGAGGAGGUUGGCCGGCUGUUUUGAGCUCCACCGUCCUUAUCGUCAUCUUCGGCGAAAUUGUACCCCAAUCGAUCUGCGUUCGCUACGGUCUCCCAAUUGGAGCUUGGAUGGCCCCUGUCGUGCUCGGCCUCAUGUGGAUUAUGGCCCCAGUGGCAUGGCCGACCGCCAAGCUGCUCGAUUAUCUGCUCGGUGAGGAUCAUGGAACUACCUACAAGAAGGCCGGUCUGAAGACACUUGUCACGCUGCACAAGACGCUGGGCACAAGUGCGGACGACCGCUUGAAUGAAGACGAAGUAACCAUCAUCACUGCCGUGCUCGACCUCAAGGCCAAGCCCGUAGGCUCCAUCAUGACGCCCAUGAAGGACGUCUUCACGAUGUCGACAGAUACAGUUCUCGACGAACAAAUGAUGGACAAGAUUUUGUCUGCCGGAUACUCACGUAUUCCUAUCCAUGUCCCGAACAACCCCAGGAACUUCGUCGGCAUGCUACUGGUCAAAAUGCUUAUCACAUAUGACCCUGAGGAUGCUCUCCGUGUGCGCGACUUUUCUUUGGCCACGUUGCCCGAGACUCGUCCCGAGACAAGCUGCCUUGACAUUAUCAACUUCUUCCAGGAGGGCAAAUCGCACAUGGUUCUGGUUUCCGAGUUUCCUGGUGAAGACCACGGUGCUGUCGGAGUCGUCACCCUGGAAGACGUCAUUGAAGAGUUGAUUGGAGAGGAAAUAAUCGACGAGUCCGACGUCUUCAUCGAUGUACAUAAGGCCAUUCGGCGACUAGCUCCCGCUCCUCGCACUCGAGUGCCCAAAGGCGAAAUCGUAACAGGGUCUUCUCGCCCCUCGGAACAGUCCUUGCUUAGGAAGGUCGACGGUGCUGAGCAGAACGGCGAGGGUACUAGGAAGUUCUCAGCACCCGAACUGGCGAGCAACCCAAAACGAUCCCACUUCCUUCUCCAGAGGCGAAGCAGUGGCAACGCGGAUCAGGCCAUACAGCUGGAUCCGGAGAUCAAGCAACACCUGAAACACCUCGGGCCGUCGAAUGCCGCAAGUAAGCCCAAGUCGACGCGGAUAAACACCGUGAAGAUCAAACCUGGAAAUAACAGCGAUGUACCGGACGGCCCUUCAUCGCCACGAGAGGAGAUUGUUCACUCAGCACCCGCACAUCAAGGAGGAGCCGGUGAAGGCAUUCUCGAGAAUGCCGGACACGGCGCAAGCGAUGCGGUCCACAAUUUGGCAGUCGGGUAUGGCACUAUGAGAGUUCGUGUAAGCUCGUCGCCGAAAUCAGUCAGAUCGCAACACAAGCCUGUCGAGGACGAGGCGAUAUCGCCAAGAUCCCACGCGACUGCCGAUGAGCACACCAGACUACUUGGGGAGGAUGCCACUGCGGGGAGGACCAGGCGCUCAGCGUCUAUCUCUACUAUCGGCUCACUGCCUUCGGUGCGGUCGUCGUCGCAUAGUCCGUCUAAGCGGCGGCAUACGGCGCGCAGCGGGAGCAUAUCAGAGAGUGUGGUGGACAUCAACGGAGUUAGGAAGAUUGUCUUGGAGACCACUAGCUCUAGUGAUUCCGAAGAGAGACCUCACACUGGUAAUCCUUCGGCUGACGACUGGCAGGUCCACAUUCUGAAGCAGGAGGUGGAGAAUGACGACCAGAACGAGAGGAUUAAUAGCGCCGGAGGAUCCAGUAAUAAGAAGAAGAGAAAGAAGAGGGGGAAGAAGAAGAAGGGGCCCAGUAGCGCAGGAAGCGGAGAGUCCAAGCCCUUGCUUGGAGGGCAAUGAGUAUGAUACCUGGACCGCCACAACUAUCUCUGUGUGCGGCAGGCUUCUCCUCGUUAAGUCCUCUCCUCGUUAAGUCCAGGGUGUGGCAGUUAUUAUUCUGUAUUUUCAUGUUUGCGGAUAUCCUGUAAAUUAUGGUUUCUUUGCAUGUAUGUCUGUGUCUUUGGUGGGCAGAAAGCAUAGAUCUGGCAGAGGCGGUCUAGCCUUGCGUUGCCAGAGUGAAGUGUUCUCAGUGCUAUUGGUAUCCGCAUAGGAGGAGAUAUAUCUUAAUAUCGGCCAAACGGACAUAGAUACAUGACAUAGAAUACAUAUUCGUGAAUCUCUAG